CAACUUUACUGUUUUAAGUUUAGGAACUUGAAUUCCCUUCAGAGCUUUAGAGAACAUUAAGUUGGAUUAAAAAGGGGGGCGAUAAUGCACCAUGGCAGCGGCCCUCAGAGUGUCCAGCACCAGCUGCAGAGGUCCAGGGCCUUCGCCAGCAGCGAAGGAGAAGAGCAGGCCCACCCAAAUCCACCCCAGUCUCCUGCCACGCCCUUCGCGCCAUCAGCCAGCCCAUCCGCACCUCAGUCUCCUGGUUACCAAGUUCAGCAGCUGAUGAAUAGGAGUCCCGUGACCGGGCAGAACGUGAACAUCGCCCUUCAGAGCGUUGGACCAGUGGUGGGAGGAAGCCCGCAGAUCACGCUCGCCCCUCUGCCGCUCCCCAGCCCCACUUCUCCAGGUUUCCAGUUCAGUGCCCAGCAGAGGCGCUUUGAGCAUGGAUCUCCGUCGUACAUCCAGGUCACCUCGCCUCUAUCCCAACAGGUGCAGACUCAGAGCCCCACCCAGCCCAGUCCCGGGCCGGGGCCGGGCCUGCAGAGCGUGCGGGCGGGCACCCCUGGCCCUGGCCUGGGCCUUUGCAGCAGCAGUCCCACCGGAGGCUUCGUGGAUGCCAGCGUGUUAGUGAGGCAGAUGAGCUUGAGCCCGUCUAGUGGCGGGCACUUUGUGUUUCAGGAGAGCUCGGGCCUUGCUCAGAUGGCUCCGGGCACCCAGGUGCAGUUGCAGCACGCAGGGGCUCCCAUCGCGGUCCGAGAACGGAGACUGUCACAGCCCCACGCACAGUCUGGGGGCACUGUCCACCAUCUGGGACCCCAGAGCCCCGCGGCUGCGGGUGCGGCCAGCCUGCAGCCCCUGGCCAGUCCCGGCCACAUCACCACGGCAAGCUUGCCACCCCAGAUCAGCAGCAUCAUCCAGGGGCAGCUGAUCCAGCAGCAGCAGGUGCUGCAGGGGCCGCCGCUGACCAGACCCCUGCUCCCUGGGGUCGGGGUCGGGGUCGGGGGGGCUUCAGCCUUUGGGAUGACCUCCCCACCGCCCCCUACCAGCCCCUCCAGGACUGCGGUGCCCCCGGGCCUCUCCAGUCUUCCUCUCACGUCUGCGGGGAGUGCAGGGGUGAGGAAGGCCCCCAAGAAGUUGGAGGAGAUCCCCCCGGCCUCUCAGGAGCUGGCCCAGAUGAGGAAGCAGUGCCUGGACUACCAUUAUAGAGAGAUGGAGGCGCUGAAGGAGGCCUUCAAGGAAUACUUGAUUGAGUUGUUCUUCUUGCAACACCUUCAAGGGAACAUGAUGGAUUUCUUGGCCUUCAAGAAGAAGCAUUAUGCCCCGCUGCAAGCUUACCUCAGGCAGAAUGAUUUGGACCUGGAGGAGGAGGAGGAGGAGGAGGAGGAGGAGGAGGAAGAGGAGCAGGCUGAGGUCAUCAAUGACGAGCAAGCUCUGGCGGGGGCCCUUGUGGCGGGGGCCGGAAGUGUGGGAGAGACGGACCCCUUUAAGAGGCAGCAGGCGGGGACCCCGGCAGAGCAGUCUAAGCGGCCUCGGCUUGAAGUGGGCCACCAGGGGGCAGUUUUCCAGCACCCGGGGGCGAAUGCAGGGGUUCCUCUUCAGCAGCUAAUGCCGACAGCUCAAGGAGGAAUGCCUCCCGCCCCCCAGGCCGCUCAGCUCGCCGGACAGAAGCCAAGCCAGCAGCAGUACGACCCGUCCACGGGGCCUCCGGUGCAGAACGCCGCCAGCCUGCACACCCCGCCGCCGCAGCUUCCCGGCAGGCUGCCCCCGACCGGCCUCCCCGCCGCGCCCCUGCCGCCAGCACUGCACUUUCCUCAGCAGCCGCAGGUGGUGGAGCCUCACACACAGCUCCAGGUCCCGGCGAAGACGCAGCAGCCAAAUGCCCCUGUCCCCGUGCCCCCGCCCAGCCAGCUGCCCGCUCCGCCGCCGCAGCCCAUGCCGCAGGCCCUGCACGCCCCGAUGCCUGGGAAGGCGCAGAUGCAGGCCGCUCAGCUCUCGUCCCAGCCGCAGACGGUGGCGUCAGCAAGAGCCCCUGUGGACCCUGCCCAGCCCUGUCAGCGGCCCCCGCCAGCGGCCUCUUCUACCUCGUCCGCAGCGCCUGCCGGCGGCUCGGGCCCGUCACCCGCACGGGUCUCCGCAGGGAAUAGACCCUCCUCGGCAGCCAGCAAGUCACUGUCUCCGGUCACCUCCCGGUCCCCGGGGGCAGCCGUGUCAGCACCCCCAAAACCACAGAGCCCAGCUCAGAAUGCCGCCCCGCCCCAAGACAGCUCUCAGGAUAAGGUGGCAGAACAAAUAGCACUGGAAAACCAGAUCCAUCAGCGGAUAGCGGAUUUGAGGAAAGAAGGCCUGUGGUCCCUCAGGCGGUUGCCCAAACUGCAGGAGGCCCCGCGCCCCAAAUCUCAUUGGGACUAUCUGCUGGAGGAGAUGCAGUGGAUGGCCACAGACUUUGCCCAGGAGAGGAGGUGGAAGAUGGCCGCGGCCAGGAAGCUCAUCAGGACUGUGGUGCGUCACCACGAGGAAAAGAAGCUUCGUGAGGAGAGGGGAAAGAAGGAGGAGCAGAACCGACUGAGACGAAUUGCUGCCUCAACCGCCAGAGAAAUAGAGUGUUUUUGGUCAAAUAUUGAACAGGUUGUGGAGAUAAAACUACAAGUAGAACUGGAAGAAAAAAGGAAAAAGGCCUUAACUUUACAGAAGGUUCCCAGGAGAGGAAAAGAGUCGAGGCCUAAGGGGCUUGAUGCGUUGCCAGAAGCUUUCCUGGAGUCGGGGUUGUCUGGAAGGAAGAGGAAAGCUAGCACGUCUCUGACUGAUGAUGAAGUGGAAGACGAGGAGGAGACCAUAGAGGAGGAAGAAGCUAACGAGGGGGCCGUGGACCACCAGGCAGAGCUGUCCAACUUAGCCAAAGAAGCUGAAUUGCCCCUAAUCGAUUUGAUGAAGUUGUACGAAGGAGCUUUUCUGCCCAGUUUCCAGUGGCCGCAACCUAAGCCUGACAGUGAGGAGGCGAGUGAAGAAGAAGAUGUGGAAGACGCCCCGGGUGAUCGAGAGAGCCGGAAGGACGUGGUUCUCAUAGACUCGCUGUUCAUCAUGGACCAGUUCAAAGCUGCAGAGAGAAUGACUAUUGGGAACCCUCAUACAAAGGACAUCGCGGAGGUGACCGCUGUGGCCGAAGCUGUCCUGCCCAAGGGCAGUGCCCGGGUCAGCCCCACGGUGAAAUUGAAUGCCCCAUCUCUGUUGUACGGUGCGCUCAGAGAUUACCAGAAGAUUGGCCUGGACUGGCUGGCCAAACUCUACCGGAAGAACCUCAACGGCAUAUUGGCAGAUGAAGCUGGGCUUGGUAAAACAGUACAGAUCAUUGCUUUUUUUGCCCACCUAGCUUGCAAUGAAGGUAACUGGGGCCCUCACCUCGUGGUCGUGAGAGGCUGUAACAUCCUCAAAUGGGAGCUCGAGCUGAAGCGCUGGUGCCCUGGGCUCAAAACCCUCUUAUAUGUUGGCAGCCACAGAGAACUGAAAGCAAAGAGACAGGAGUGGACGGAGCCCAACAGCUUCAACGUGUGCAUCGCGCCCUACAAGCAGUUCUUCAGGGGCUACGCGGCCUUCACGCGCGUGCGGUGGCGGUGCCUGGUCAUCGACGAGAUGCAGCGCGUCCGCGGCAUGACCGAGAGGCACUGGGAGGCCGUGUUCACCCUGAGGAGCCAGCAGCGCCUGCUCCUGAUUGACGCGCCCCUGCACAACACCUUCCUGGAGCUCUGGACCAUGGUGCACUUCCUCAUCCCUGGCAUCUCCAGGCCCUACCUGCACCUGCCCCUGAAGGCCCCGAACGACGAGAACCAGGACUACUACCACAAAGUGGUCAUCCGGCUGCACCGGGUGACACAGCCCUUUAUCUUGAGGAGGACUAAGAGAGACGUGGAGAAGCAGCUGACGAAGAAGUACGAGCACGUGCUGAAAUGCCGCCUGUCGAGUCGGCAGAAGGCCUUGUACGAGGACGUGAUCUUGCAGCCCGGAACCCAGGAGGCGCUGAAGAGCGGGCACUUUGUGGACGUGCUGAGCAUCCUGCUGCGGCUGCAGAGGAUCUGCAACCACCCUGGGCUGGUGGAGCCCCGGCUCCCGGAGUCAUCCUACACGGCAGGGCCACUGCAGUACCGCUCUGCCUCCCUCAUCCUCAAGGCGCUCGACAGAGACUCCUGGAAGGAAACAGAUCUCUCUAUAUUUGAUCUUAUCGGCUUAGAGAAUAAAAUGACUCGCCACGAAGCAGAAUUGCUGUGUAAGAAGAAGGUGACACGGAAACUCAUGGACGAGCUGUUCACUGCGCCACCCCCGUCGGGCAGGCCGGCGGCCCUGAGACUGAAGCCCAGCAGGUUGUUUCAGCCCGUGCAGUAUGGCCAGAAGCCCGAGGGUCGCACCGUGGCUUUCCCCAGCACACACCCACCCCGGACAGCAGCCUCUGCCACAGCCACGGCCACUCCGCAGGGCCACGUGCGAGGACGGCCACCAAUUGCCACGUUCUCUGCAAAUCCAGAUGCAAAAGUGGCGGCAGCCCCGUUUCAGACCUCCCAGGCCUCCACCGGCGCUCCCGCUCCGAGACAGCCGCCCGCCUCGACCUCCAGCGCAGCACCUAGCCCAGCCCAUCCUGCGAAACCGCGGGCCCCGCCCCCGCCCCCGCCCCAGGCCCCCUCGCACCCGGCGGGGCAGAGCGCGCUGCCUCAGGGGCUGGUGCUCACCUCGCAGGCUCAGGCGCGCCUGCCCAGUGGGGAGGUGGUCAAAAUAGCCCAGCUGGCUUCCCUGGCGGGGCCGCAGAGCCGGGUCGCCCAGCCAGAGACCCCGGUGACACUGCAGUUCCAGGGGAACAAGUUCACCUUGUCGCACAGCCAGCUUCGGCAGCUCACCGCCGGCCAGCCCCUACAGCUGCAAGGCAGCGUUCUUCAGAUUGUAUCCGCCCCAGGGCAGUCGUACCUGCGACCGCCAGGCCCCGUGGUGAUGCAGACCAUGUCUCAGGCGGGCGCCCUCAACGCCUUGGGAAGCAAGCCCCCGGCCGGCGGCCCGGGCCCAGCCCCCGUGACUGCGCCAGUUGGUGUGCCUGGGCGAGUGGCGGUCAAUCCCUUGGCUGCUGGAGAACCUGGAAUGGCCCCCAAACCAGCCUCCCCUGUCGGAGGGCCAACCCAGGAGGAGAAGAGCAGACUUCUGAAAGAGCGACUGGACCAGAUCUACUUUGUCAACGAGCGGCGCUGCUCGCGAGCCCCCGUCUACGGCAGAGAUUUGCUGCAAAUUUGUUCCGUGGUCGGCCGAGAACAGACACCUUGGCCCGGGGCUUCUGACAGCAGUCAGCGGAAGGGUGCGGGGCCAGCAAGUGCUUACACGUCGCCCUCAAAUGGUCAGAAGGACCUGAUUUUGACGCUGGCCCAACGGCAAGCCUGCCUGCAGGAUGUCAUCGACAGGGUGGUGUGUGUGAUCCCUCCGGUGGUGGCUGCACCCCCGUCCUUGUGGGUGGCGAGGCCGCCGUCCCUCUACAGCCACAGGAUGAGGAUCUUGAGGCACUGCCUGAGAGAGCACACGGCUCCCUACGCGCAGCAGCUGCAGCGGAUGACCGCCCUGCGCUCCCUCCGGUUUCCUGAGCUCAGAUUGGUCCAGUUUGACUCAGGAAAGCUCGAGGCUUUAGCCAUCUUACUUCAGAAGUUGAAGUCUGAAGGACGUCGAGUGCUGAUCUUGUCACAGAUGGUUCUCAUGCUGGACAUUUUAGAAAUGUUCUUGAACUUCCAUUACCUCACCUACAUCAGGAUCGAUGAAAACGCCAAUAGCGAGCAACGGCAGGAGCUGAUGAGGAGUUUCAACAGAGACAGGAGGAUUUUCUGUGCAAUUCUGUCAACUCACAGCCGCGCCACCGGCGUGAGCCUGGUGGAGGCCGAUGCGGUGGUGUUCUAUGACAACGACCUGAACCCCGUGAUGGACGCCAAGGCCCAGGAGUGGUGCGAGCGGAUCGGGAGGCGCAAGGACGUCCACAUCUACAGGCUUGUGAGUGGUAACUCCAUUGAAGAGAAGCUGUUGAAAAACGGAACCAAAGACUUGAUCCGGGAAGUAGCCGCUCAGGGCAAUGACUACUCCAUGGCCUUCCUGACGCAGCGGACCAUCCAGGAGCUGUUUGAGGUGUGUUCUCCCACCGAUGAUGCCGGCUUCCCAGUGAAGGCAGAGGAGUUCGUGGUCCUCUCUCAGGAGCCUUCUGCUACAGAAAUCAUCGCGCCCAAAAUUGCAAGACCUUUCAUUGAGGCCCUCAAGAGCAUCGAGUACCUGGAGGAAGACGCCCAGAAAGCCGAGGAGGAAGCCGUGCUGGGGUCGUCCGGCUCUGACAGCCCGAGGUGGGGCGAAGAGCCGUCGCAACUGGAGGAGUUAGCUGACUUUAUGGAACAGCUUACACCUAUUGAGAAAUAUGCUCUGAAUUACCUGGAAUUGUUCCACACGCCUACUGGCCCCGAGAAAGAGGGGAACAGCGAGGAUGCCAUGCUGACUGCCGUGAGGGAGUGGGAGGCCCGGAACGCCAGGGCCCUGCAGGAGAGGGAGACGCGGGCGCUGCAGGAGCAGGAGCAGGAGCAGCUUCUCACCUACACGCGGGAGGAUGCCUACAACGCGGAGUAUGUGUGUGAAGGUGCCGACGGGCAGAUGGAAGUCAUGCCGCUCUGGACGCCGCCCACGCCCCCCCAGGAUGACAACGACAUCUACGUGGACCCGGUCCUGUGUCUCACGUACGAAACCACGCCCAUCCCAGAGUCCAAGCUGCCUCCCGUGUAUGUGAGGAAGGAGCGCAGGCGGCACCGCACGGACCCCUCAGUUGCAGGCAGAAAGAAGAAGCAACGUCACGGGGAGCCGGUCGUCCCUCCUCGCUCGCUGUUUGACCGCGCAACACCCGGCAUGUUGAAAAUGCGACGGGAGGGGAAGGAGCAGAAGAAGAACAUUCUGUUGAAGCAGCAAACCCAGUUUGCCAAGCCUUUGCCGACUUUUGCCAAACCAACGGCCGAGUCAGGCCCAGACAACCCUGAGUGGCUCAUCAGCGAGGACUGGGCGCUGCUGCAGGCCGUGAAGCAGCUCCUGGAACUGCCUCUGAACCUCACCAUUGUGUCCCCGGCCCACACGCCCAACUGGGACCUCGUCAGUGACGUUGUCAACUCCUGCAGCCGCAUCUACCGCUCUUCCAAGCAGUGCCGGAGCCGCUAUGAGAACGUGCUCAUUCCCAGGGAGGAGGGGAAGAGUAAGAACAACCGGCCCCUGCGCACAGGCCAGAUGUACGCCCAGGACGAGAACGCCACGCACACGCAGCUGUACACGAGCCACUUCGACCUGAUGAAGAUGACGGCCGGCAAGAGAAGCCCCCCCAUCAAGCCUCUGCUCGGCAUGAAUCCCUUUCAGAAGAACCCCAAGCACGCCUCCGUGUUGGCAGAAAGUGGGAUCAACUACGACAAGCCGCUGCCUCCCAUUCAGGUCGCAUCUCUCCGAGCAGAGCGAAUUGCCAAAGAGAAAAAGGCGCUGGCCGAUCAGCAGAAGGCACAGCAGCCUCCUGUCGCACAGCCCCCACCGCCCCCGCCGCAGCCGCAGCCCCCGCCGCCCCAGCAGCCGCCCCCGCCUCUGCCCCAGCCCCAGGCGGCUGGCAGCCAGCAGCCUGCGGGCCCACCAGCCGUCCAGCCGCAGGCCCAGGCGCAGGCCCAGGCACAGCCCGCACCGCCCCCGCCGAAGGUGCCCCCGGCGAUCACAACGGUGGGCAGCGCGGCCGUGCUGGCCGGAGCCAUGAAAACGUCCGUCCCGGGGACGAGCAUGCCGACGGGCACGGUGGGCGGAAACGUCAUCGUGAACACCAUUGCAGGGGUCCCCGCCGCCACCUUCCAGUCCAUUAACAAGCGCCUCGCUUCGCCCGUGGCGCCGGGAGCCUUGACCACCUCUGGAGGCUCUGCUCCUGCCCAGGUGGUCCACACCCAGCCUCGCGCGGUUGGCUCGCCGGCCACGGCCACGUCCGACCUCGUGUCCCUGGCACCGACCCAGGGCGUUCGCGCGGUUACCUCCGUGACAGCCUCGGCCGUGGUCACUACCAGCCUGACCCCAGUGCAGACUCCGACCCGGUCUUUGGUGACUCAGGUGUCCCAAGCCACAGGGGUGCAGCUGCCCGGGAAGGCUAUCACGCCCGCACACUUUCAGCUGCUCCGGCAGCAGCCGCCGCCGCCACCGCCGCCGCCGCCCUCUCAGGUGCAGGUUCCGCAGAUCCAGGGCCAGGCCCCAUCGCCGGCACAGAUGAAGGCCGUCGGCAAGCUGACCCCGGAACAUCUGAUCAAAAUGCAGAAGCAGAAACUGCAGCUGCCCCAGCAGGCCCCCCCACCGCAGGCCCCGCCAGGGCCCCCACAGCCCGCUACACAAGUGCAAGUGCAGGCCCCGCCACCCACGCCGCAGCAGAGCCCCCAGCUGGCCACGGUCACGGCCCCGCGGCCCGGAGCCCUGCUCACGGGCACCACCGUGGCCAACCUCCAGGUGGCCCGGCUCACCCGGGUUCCCCCUUCGCAGCUGCAGGCGCAAGGGCAGAUGCAGGCUCAGGCACCCCAGCCCGCUCAGGUGGCGCUGGCGAAGCCUCCCGUGGUGUCCGUGCCCGCGGCCGUGGUCUCCUCGCCAGGUGUGACGACCCUGCCCAUGAAUGUCGCCGGGAUCAGCGUGGCCAUCGGGCAGCCACAGAAAGCCGCAGGACAGACCGUCGUGGCCCAGCCCGUGCAUGUCCAGCAGCUGCUGAAGCUCAAGCAGCAGGCCGUGCAGCAGCAGAAGGCCAUCCAGCCACAGGCUGCCCCGGGCCCAGCGGCCGUCCAGCAGAAGAUCACCGCACAGCAGAUUGCUGCUCAGGGCCAACCACAGAAGGUCACCUAUGCCACCCAGCCAGCCCUUAAAACCCAGUUCCUUACCACACCCAUCUCCCAGGCCCAGAAACUGGCUGGGACCCAGCAGGUGCAGACCCAGAUCCAGGUUGCCAAACUCCCUCAAGUUGUCCAACAGCAGACACCCGUGCCCAGCAUCCAGCAGGUCGCCUCUGCUUCCCAGCAGGCUUCCCCGCAGACUGUGACCCUGACCCAGGCAACGGCGGCCGGGCAGCAGGUGCAGAUGAUCCCCACGGUGACGGCGACGGCGCAGGUGGUGCAACAGAAGCUCAUGCCGCAGCAGGUGGUGCCGACCGCAGCGAGCCAGCUGCAGAGCCCCGGCGUCCCCAACCCCGCCCAGGUGCCAGCCAGCUCCGACAGCCCCAGCCAGCAGCCCAAGCUCCAGAUGAGGGUCCCUGCUGUCAGGCUGAAGACGCCCACCAAGCCUCCGUGCCCCUAG